AAUCAAGCCAACCUGCUGCGGAAGCUGCGAAAACUUAUGCAGGUUUUAAAUGAUACAUAAAACAUUAGUAAUUUAUUAUGUAAAGGUCAUUUGAAUACAACACUUUGUUGUAAAUCUAUAAUCGCGCAAAGUAAGAGUGUGUGAGUGAUUUGCUGCAGCAACAUGGACAAUCAAGACCAAGUGGUGUUCCGUCGCCGGUCCCAUGGACUGUCUGGUCAUAAUGAUGGCAGCUAUCUGUUGGUGGAUGAUGACCCUCCUGAGGAGACGGGUCUGCGAGGAGCCAAGAGUCGAUGUCUUUGGGCAAUCAUCAUAAUAUUGCUUGUAGUUGCUGUGUUAAAUGCAGCGGUGACAGCUGCACUGCUGUACUUCCUGUCCAUCACCCAUGUGGGUAUGACAGGGAUUGAGUUCCAGUCAGGGGAGAGCACUGUGCGUGUCCUGGAUGAUAUCAGUGUGACAGAGCUGGUGCUGGGGGAAGACAUUGUAACACGCGGAGAACGGGACCUUGUACUCUCUGGAGAACAGAUCUUAAUUGGACAAGACAGUGGCUCAAAAGUGGAGAUUGCUGGUAACCACACACAAAUUACCAGUGGUCAGUUUGAGAUCUGGACUGAGUCUGGAAGACCCCUGUUCUCCACGGCAACGCCUUUGAACCUUGACCUCUACAUGGUCUCUAACCUGCAUGCCCCAUCGAUGGAAGUUGGUUCAAUAACAUCCACAAGGCAGUAUCCAGAUCUGUACAUGGAGGCUGAUCAAUACUUGGAGUUAGUUGGCACAGAGGGUGUUCACAUAUCUUCAGAAGGGGAUGUUAGAUUGAAUGCUGCUAGUGAAAUACAGGUCCAAGCGCAUGCAUUGAUAUUCAACCAAUCAGAAGGGCUCUUCCUCAGUGCCGACCUUCCAGUGCAGAGCUCCCAGACUGUACCUAUAGCAGCAGGAGCCCAGUACAAGUUGUGUGUGUGCGCUGGCAGUGGGAGGGUGUUUGCUGUGUCAGGUGAUGGGGCGGGGCUGAAGUGUGACCUACCUGGGGCGGGACUUCAUCCAUGUGAUAUGUGAAUGGGCUUGUCAAGUGUGGGGUAUCCAUGGGCCAGUUAUCAUAGCUUAUAGGGUAUAAAAGUUGUGUGGUUUAUCGGUAGUGAAGGGUGAUGUGAAUUUUUUUUUGUAACUUCUACAGACAUUCACUUAAAACAUCACACAUAUUGCUUAGGUCAUUAUAUGAAUGGCCGACCGACAUUAAUAACUCUGAUCUGAAAUUUAGCAGAAUUUAGGCUAUUGUAGAUUUAUAAAUUAUAACUUAUGUUUAACACAGUUUCAAACGCAUCUAGUAGCAAAGGAAAUGCUUUGAGGGUACUUUUGUCUGGUCCAAUGUGAUUUUGUCUUCCAGAGGAAAUAUUGUACAUGUGUUUGAGAAUUCGGAUUCAUUUUCAGUCAUGUUCACCUUUUAGAAAUAAUUGUCCAAAUUAUUAUUGUUUAUAUACAUUAAUUAUCAUGUGAUUUCUUAUGACCUGAUGUUUGGAUGUGUAAGAAUUUGUUGUAUUUUGCUAAGAAUUGGGACUUCUUUAACCUUUCUUUAUUGGGAAGUUUAAUGAUGGUUAUUUUGCUCACCCUCUUUAAUAAGCAAGCAUAUCAUGAUACAAUAAUUGGUAUUUAUUUUGUUGUUGUUAUGCUCUUAAAAGUUACCCUGAACAAGAAACCUUUCUUGUUUAUAUGCAAUACAUGUAAAUUUGUAUUACUUAUUCUUCCCGUGUAAACAGCUGUUUGUUGUCAUUUAUGUUGUAUUACCAGUAUUCCUCAUUUAGCAUAAUAAUGAAGUGUUGUUGUUUUUGAUACCUUAUUACAAAAAUAGAAAAUAUGUUUCCGUUUUUAUUUUACUUUCUCUAUAACAACUAAACAAUUUAUUUCAUAAAUCAACAGUAUAAAAUAAGACAUCAGUAACAAUUAUAAUAUAAUAAGAAUAUCAUUAAAAAAAGUUCUAACCUAACCUAAACAGUACUAGUAUCAUAAUUUUAAUUUACUACGUAAAUAUUGCACAAGUUUUUGUAAUGCCCAAUUCAAGUUAAAAAGCUUAAAAAAAUAUAAGUAAAUAUUAAAAGUUCUUUAGCCAAGUACUUCGAUGUGCGUUUUACUUUUUUGUGUAGAAAAGGUAAUCUAUAAAAAUUUCCUCUGACAAAUAUGAAAACUUUCUCUAACAAGUGACCUGUUUGAAUGAGGAGCAAACAAGUAUAGCUUCACUGUAUUGCACAAUUCAUACCCACAUGUCUGCAAAAUGAACUAUUUCUAUCAGCAUAAUGACAGCUUUUGUACAUUAUAGUUGUUAGUACAUACAGGUAAUACUGGUGCAAUUGCUGUCUCAUA